UCCGUCCAAGGUGGAUUGGCUCGAUAGUCCAACUCCAAUCCAGUCGUCGGUGGACGCAGGUGGUAACUCUGAAAGCGGUUUUGUUUACAUUCGUCGUCUGUGUGUCUUUGUUGGCGCUUGGACUCCUCAAUGAAGUGAAAGAAUGUCUAAUGCGGAACCGUUCACACUCGUCGAGGACAAAGACACAUCAUCGGACGAGCUGCGUGUGAUUCGCGCUAAUCUAAACAGUGAAGAGGACGCUAACAAAUGGCUAGAGAACUACGCUGCUGAAACGAGAACGUCGUGGAUUGUAGAUUCUUGCCAACGGUACUGCCAGCGGAUGGUAUACCACAAGACUUGGCGCUGUCAUCGCAGUAAACGCAACAAGUCAAACCUGGACAAUUGCACAGACUGCGCAGCAACCCUGGAUAUCAAGAUAAAAAAAGUAAACCGAAGCACUAAACGCCACGACGUUUUCCUUCGAGGGGACGUACCGCUCCCUGCCAUCAUCAAGUUGCGCGCGCAGCACAACCAUCCAACAGACACUGCGGAAGAAUUACGACGUUUGCGUUGCAGUGGGAAGACGCAAGCAACGUUCUUCGGUUACUUUGCCGACGGUUUGACGCCAGCUGAGGCAAUAAGGCAACACAGAAGGAAGCUCUUGGAAAAUGGUGCAAAAGAGGAUGUACUGUCCAAUGGGAUUGUGAAUCCCACAUCAAGUAGAGUGUACUACUGGUACGCAAAGUGGAGGAAAGGAGGGUACGACAGUGCUGGCAACCCCUUGUCUCAUUCAAAGGAUGACGAAGAUGUUACAGUGUAUGUCAAGAAAGAACCACCGCUGGAACUGAGUCCACCUGAGUUUGAUAACUUCUGGGAGGUGCUCAACAUGCCAGCUUCCUCUGCAAAAGAACACCACACGUUGGGGAAGGACUCCUUGGGGGACAAAUGCCCUAGCCUCAGUUUUUUUGAGGUCAUCCAUAACAGCAUGGAGGGCAAUGAGGCUGAAUCUGGCAGUGACACUCACAAUGAGGAAACGACCAUAGAAGUAUCGGAAGGGUUGUUGGAGAGCAACUCUGUCUCUGAGAAGGACGCAAGCGUGGCAGAUUGUCUGUGCGAGUUGCAAAGGAUCCAUGCUCUGGCCGUAAAAAAUAUCACUUAUAGAAAGCACCUCAGGAAAAUAUGCGAACAGCUGAAACAGGUCCAUAGCGAAGAAGAGGCGGUGAAGGCAAUGUCGGUGACGACAAUAGCCUUGUCUAGAAUGCUCUCUAAGCGGCCCAAGGUUGUCCCACAACGGCACCGGUCAAUUGAGAAGCGUCGGCCGCUACUUCCAAAGACUGUGCUAACGGAAUGGUUUGAAAAGAGCUCGGGGAUGAAGAAGACAAAUGAGGACACCUCGUCAAACUCUACGUGAAAGGGUGCUCGUCGAGAGCACUUCCUCUUACCCUGGCCUAUUGGAAGGAAGUAGGCCACGUGGAGGAUAGGAAUGUUAGAAGUCUCCCCGUACAAAAGCAUGUCCAAUACUGCUUGCAACCAGGCUUUGGGCAAGAUGAGGUGGUCCCUCCCUCUGAGGGAUGGGAUUUAUGACUAAAAGAUCCCAAAUGACAUCAGGAGUGCAUUCAGACAUUUUGUUGUGUACGCUUCAUAGAGCCACGUCAUGCGACAAUGGCUGUAUUUCUUUAUUCAACCUGGGUAACCCUCGGGUAAGUUGGUAACCUAUGAGCAUAAGUCGUCUCGUGACCUGAGGGUGACCACUCGUGUUGAAUCUUUGCCCGAAGGGGGUUACUUUCAACAUGGCUGCCGAAGGAGACACUCUUUUCGAAGUGCUGCUUAUGGGCACGGAGGAAUUCAUUUGUUCUUUAGGGCACGAUAUUUCC